AUGUUAACGGAAUUAAAUAAACGAGUUAUACAAUAUGGAGUAUUUAUUAUAAGUUUAUUGGUGAUAAUAUCUGGAGGUUCAGUCCUUAUCUAUUUUGUUUUAACUAAUAAACAAGCGCCAAAGAACUUGACAAUUUAUCUUCCGAACGACACUAGCAACUCAACUAUCUCAGAUGCUUGUCAUGAUUUUUACCAGUUUGCUUGUGGAGAAUGGGAAAACCAAAAUCCUUUGAUUAGUCAAGACGCUAGUUUCAAUGCAUUUGUUGAAAUGGAAAUAAUGAUCAACCAUUACUUCUGGAAAAUAAUUGCUGAUGAGUCCUACGACAUAGAAGAUUCACAUCUACAGAAUGCUCGAAAGUUUUACAAAUCUUGCGUAUUCACUCGUAACUGGAAAACAGCUCAAUUAGCUUAUCAAUCAUUAAUACGUGAUCUAUUUGGUGGAUGGGAACUAAUACCGUCAAUUUCAACAGACACUAAAAAAAUGAGUCUAACUGAUCUAUUUUUACCAAUAAUAAGUCAAACUGGUAGUUCACUUUUAUUUUCAAUAAAUAUCAAGCAGGAUUUAUUCGCCGUAAAUAUUUCACCAGGUCGGAUAGGAUUAAAUCCUGCUUCAAUACAGACUGAUAUGGAUAAAUUCGAAGAGGAUUACUACAAGCUUGCAUUUGGAAUAGGAGUACCUCAUUUCGAGCAAUCACAGUUAACAAUUGCUUUUCAAAUGUUGGUCGAUUUAAGCAAUGAGAUAUCAAUGACACAAGGACUUCAUGUGAGCGAAUUCAAUGAAAUUAUUUCAAUGAAAGAACUGAAAUCCAUUUGUCCUCAGAUCGAUUGGAGUUAUUUAUUGAAAGAAUUACUGAAACAAACUGGAUAUACAAAAUCCAAGCAGCUAUCAAUCAUUGUAGAAGGACGAUAUCAGCUAAAACAUCGUUGUGAAUUAUAUGGUGAUGUAAUGAAAACAAAAAAUGAUAAAAGUGCAUUUCGUACAAUCAUUAUUAUGGAUUUUUUGAUUAAUCAAUUGUUGCAAUCCAUGAACCUCAGUCCCACUGGAACAGACAAUAAUUCGUAUUCAUCUUCACAGCCACAUUUUGAUGAGCAAUGUAUAAAUCGGUUGAAGGAUGCAUUUCCAUGGACGCUUGAAAGACAUUAUAUCCGUUCGCAUGUAAACGAAACACACAAAACAGAGGUGAUCAAUAUGUUUAACGAAAUUAAACUCACUGUAAUUGACUCAAUAUCAAAACUCAACUGGUUGGGUGAGACAGAAAAGCCAUUUUUGCAAGACAAGGUUUCAAAACUAAGCAUAUUUGCCUUGUACUCCAAUCAAAAUGCUUCUCAACAAAAAGAAAAUCUCUCAACAGUAUUCCAAUACCCUAUUCGAGAGGACAAUUAUUACACAAAUGAAUUCUACAUCCGUAGAGCGAAAUAUAUUGACACUUUGAAAACUCAAUUACACAAAUAUAACCCAUCUCCUUUAGAAUUACCGAUAUUUACAACUCGCGCUUACUACAAUAUGAAUGCAAACCGUGUUUAUGUGAAUGCUGGAGUGUUGCAACCUCCACUUUAUUAUGAAAAUGGUAGUUUAGCUUCGAAAUUUGGAGCACUUGGUUGGAUUAUAAGUCAUGAGAUUAUGCACGGAAUAGGUAUCCAAGGUGUACUGUUUGAUUCAGCUGGUACUAGUCUAACUGGUUUGACUGGUCUUAUGUUAUCUUCUGUGAUAGAAACUAAAACUUCAUGUAUUAUUGAUCAAUAUAGACUUUAUGAAUUUACCGAUUACAAAGCCCUUCAAACCGAUACACGAGAUGAAAUUUUAGCCGAUAUUGGAGGUUUAAAAGCGUCUUACUAUACGUACAGGCGUUUAUAUGAGAAGUAUUCGAAUAGUGUUAAUCAAAAUUAUAAUCUCUCUCUUAUAUCUGAUCAGUUGUUCUUUCUCUCAUUUGCACAAUCUCUUUGUGGACAUCAUAGUGGAACUUCUCUUUUAAUACAUUCAAUAGUUGUUCCACAUGUAAUAGAAAGAUACAGAGUAUUCGGGGCGUUGAUUAAUAGCAAAGAAUUCGCACAUGCAUAUGGAUGUCCAGUUGGUUCACCAAUGAAUCCUGAUACAAAAUGCGAUAUAUGGUGA